AAGGUGGCGCAGUAGGCGCUAGAGUAAAGGUUUGCUGCUUUGUGGAAACUUCAGUGAAGUUCAGUGGAAAAAUCACCAUCAAUUGUGCAAGUUCAUCCGAAAAAGGUGUUGUUAGUGCUCCAGGCUAUAUUCUAAAUUGAGGAAAAGUUUGUGGAAUACCCAUUAAGAAUGUCCAGUGAAACGAAAUUGUACACCAUGGCCGAAGUGGCCAAGCACAAUUCCAACAAAACUACCUGGAUUGUUAUUCACAAUAGUAUUUACGAUGUUACGGAAUUUCUCAAUGAGCAUCCUGGAGGCGAGGAAGUGCUCCUGGAACAAGCUGGACGCGAAGCAACAGAAGCUUUCGAGGAUGUUGGACAUAGUUCUGAUGCCAGGGAGAUGAUGAAGAAAUUCAAGAUUGGUGAGAUUGUUGAGGCUGAGAGGAAGAAGAUCCCGGAAAAGAGCACUCAGAGUUGGAAUACCGAACCAAAAAAUGAGGAAAACUCCAUGAAAUCAUGGAUCCUUCCGCUUUUGAUUGGCGUCGUAGCGACAAUUAUCUACAGAUAUUACUUCCGUCAGUGAAUUUAAAUGAAACUUUUCCUUUUGUGUGUGAAAAUUGUUGAGCAGGGAUCAGCGUUUUUUCCUUCUAAAUUUCUUACUGAAAACUUUCCUUCUUUUUUACAUUAAACUUUAGCUGAUAAUUGAGAAAAAAAAACAAGCAUGUGAGCAAAUUUAAUUCCGGGAAUUUUGUAUUAUGCUGUAGUAAUUUUUUUAAAAGAAAUAUUUACAAGAAAAGCAUUUUUCACCAGAAAUUAUUCUCAUGCAUUUUCUUGAAAAAAAAAACGUUCUUGGUUUAGACAAUUUGGUGACAUUUAAUUGUAAUAUUUUGUAAGAGAAAAAAAAAAGAAGAUAAUUUCAUUUUGUUUUGUGAAGAAUAAAUUCAGGAUUUUUCUUUUAUAAGCAAUAAAUUUGUUAAGGAUUAUUUCUUUUCCUCUGUUCUUUAGGUAAUAAUGUUGUGGAUUAUAUAUUUUUUCAGAGGCGAUGCAAAAUUAAACAGUGUCUAAAAAAUAAAUAUAUUGUAAAAUUUUAUUGAAAAUGAGGGGAAAUAAAUAACAUUGUUAUAAAACG